UUUAUCUUUGAUUUGGAUAAAGACCGUGGACAAGACUGGUACAGAAAUAUCAAGUUUUUUUUUCAGUAAGACAAAGGAUUGAAAUAUAAUAAAAAUUACAACAGAAAUAUCUCAAAAUACUAUAUCAUAUAAUAUCGUUCAAUAUAUAUAAAUAUCGUAGAAAUUUGAUAAAAACUGGGCCAAUCAAGAUAAUGUUCGCGAUCGAAUAAGGUUAAUGCGUUUGACAUUUCUAUCAGCUGUCACAUUCAAUAUGGCCGUCUGCAAGACGCAUUUUUCUGCCGAAUUAUUGGAGAAAUGUCUACGUUAGAACGUAAUGUGAAACCGGUGAACGUGAUCAAAGGACUCUAAACUGUAAAUCGCGAGAAUAUAUUUUAGCCUCGAAAUGGCCGGCAACAGUGAAGUGCUCGAGGGAUUUAUAUGCCCCAUGUGCAUGACCGAUUUCAAGGCACCCAAUCAUUUGACCAAACAUUUCGAAGAAAUCCACAAUGACGAUCCUGAAAUUCUAAAAUCGUUGAAAGAUUUGUUUGGCAAAGCCAAGAAAAAGAUUUUGAAACAGGAUGAUAUACCAGAAACGUUUCAAAGCGCAAUUCCACAGGACAAGAGAAGAAGUCCUGAAAUAAACUGGGGACCACAAGAAAUAGGUGCAAUUACAACUCAUACAAAAUAUUUUAAGAACAUAAGAAAUACUCGAUUAGAGAGAUAUGCUUAUGAAACAAAUAAACUUCUUAUAAGGCUAGAUAAAUUAUUAAAUAAUUUACCAUCAGAUCCUGUUGAUAGAAAAGUUCAUGAACGCACUAUUGUGCCAUGGAUUGAUGAGAAGGAUGUGAAAUUAUGCCCUAAUUGUGCUAAGAGUUUUCACUUGGCGAGGCGAAAACAUCACUGCAGACUUUGUGGAGCAGUCAUGUGCCAUAAUUGUACAGUAUUUCUCUCCAUAGCUGAUGCACGAAAAAUGACUAGUCCUGUGUCUGUACAAGACGAUUCCGCUCUGUCCUCUACGUCGGAACGAGCAUUUCCUGAAAGAUUACGCUCACGCAUUGGUCUCACAAAGUUGGCACGCUCACCUUCCAAUGGUAGCUUGAACAGUAUUUUAUCAUUAGUCAAUGAUUCAGCUAGCAGUGAACAGCACUUUAGAAUUUGUAUUCACUGUAUAAAUUUACUUGAUGCAAGAGAAAUGCAAAAAGCCAAGCAGUUUGACAAACCGAUUGUCUGCGAGUUUUACGAGAAAAUGCGAGGAUACAUGAGCGAGGCUUCGCAGCAUUUAGCAAUGUAUAACAAAAUGUGGGAAUCAUUACAAGAAGGAGAGACUACAUACGAUGUGGAGGACGCUCAAUCAUUGCGAGUCAAAUUGGCUAAAUUGGGAGAAAGUAUAGAUGCAACCAGUAAAAAGAUUCUCAUCCUCGGCAUGAAGAAAAAUACAGCAGAUUCACAGGAAAUACAGGGACAAGAAUUGCGUCUAUAUCAGAUGGUUAGAACAUCGGCAAUGAUAUUUUUAAAGGAAGAAUUAUUAACUCUGCAACCUUUGUGCUCAGCAGAAGAAUAUGCAAUUUUACAAGAAGAACGCCAAAAAAGAAUAGAAGCCCGAAUAGCAUACGAGCGGCAAUUGGAAGAAGAACAACGAGAAAAAUUGAAAGAACAGCGCAAGAGAGAUACGCGGAAUUUAGAUAGUAGUCCUUCUGUAAAAACCAACCAGGCACCAAUGAUUGUUACUCAAUCUCAAGGUUGGGGCCCAUCUAAUGUUACAUCCAUCAUAUCUUCCUCUAUGGAUCCAAUAAUUGAACAAAUGAGCAAUCUUCGCGCGUACAUCAAACAAGCCCGCGCUGAUUGUAAAUAUGAUGAGGUUGCGACACUAGAAAGCAAUCUUCGAGAGCUUCAAAGUGCCUAUUUUGCUAUGAAACAGAGUAAUAGCAGCGAUGGAUAGGUAUACGAACAGCAUACUGCUUACAUUUAAGAACACAAAGUGUUGAACUCCUCUCUAUAGUAAAAGUGUAUUUCCUAUUAAUUUAAUAAAUCUCUCUUGUAUCACAUGUAAAA